AUGCCGCCCAAGGCUGCUGCGACCUCCUCGCGUCCCUCGGCCGCCGUGCAUGGUGAUGGGACGGGUGAGGGCCCUGACGCGGGGAGCACUGUGUACAUAGUUUACCAGCACGACGACGACCCGGGGCCGCUGCCCAGUCGCAUCAGACGACUCGACGCCGUUAUUACCUAUCCUGGAUGA